CAAACGAUAGGUGUCAACUAUAAACAAAGCUAUCGUAUGAGUCCACUGGUUUCUAUUCAUUGGUUUCGUUGUAUUUUAGAUGAGGCGCAAAUGAUUGAAGCCAAUGUGUCUCGUGUUGCAGCUGUCGCCAAGUGUAUCCCUGCUUGGUAUCGCUGGGCAGUAACGGGCACACCAUUAAAAAACGAUUUGAGUCAACUGUACGGUCUUUACGAUUUCCUUGGCCUUGAAAAGUCUAUUCAUAGCCCUCAACAAUUUCAAAAACUCUGCAAAGAUCCUGAAUACAAAUCUGUGUUUUAUGAAUUUGCAAGAGCGACAAUGCGAAGAAACAUGAAGGCAGCACUCCAUAACCAAGUCCAUAUUCCUAAACAGCAUCGACAUGUGGUCCGUAUUCCUUUUGGCACCAUUGAGCAACAUUAUUAUGAAGAUCUUUGGCGUGCUUGUCAAAGCCAACUUAAAUUAGAAUGGCUAGAUAGCAUCAACUGGACGUUGUCUGACACAGCGUCAGAAGAACAAAUCAAUGAGUUUAAUGCAUCCAGACAGAAAAUGAGACUAUGGCUUUUAGCCUUAAGACAAGGCUGUAUUCAUCCUUCCAUGAUUUCAAACACAACAUUAGGAUUAGGCAAUCAACAGCCGGGUAAUACCUCUAAAAAGACACACUCGUUAGAUAAUGUACUUCAAUACAUGAGUAAAAGUGCGGAAGACCGUUUAGAUACGGAACAACAUGCUUAUUACUCAAUGCAAUUGAAACGAGGUGGUAUGCAUGAAGUUUUAAAGCAAUGGCAAGAAGCUGUUGAUGUCUACACAAAACAUAUUCUUGAUGUGGAGAAGCAAGUAGAGACUUAUCUCCAGGGUAAAUCAAGCACAGAGGAACAGGAAAAGAACGCUGCACAACAUUUGUAUAAGUGGCAAAUAUUGUUGCAUCGCUAUUAUUUCUAUACAGCUGGUGUGUAUCAUAUGCUAGAAUCGAAGGAUUUAGAAGAAGCCUGUUAUGAUAAAGCAAGCCAGUUGCGUCAGUUGAUUAUGGAUAGCUAUACAACACGGGUGAAUGAGUCAACACUAGAAAUGGACAAGGCAGCAGCACGCGUACAACUAACACCUGAAUACAGACUAGGCCCUCGAGUUAUUGAUACAAGCUUUAUUGAUCAAUUGGAAUAUGAAGACGAGAUUAAAGAUAACGAAGAAGAAGAAGAGGAGGAGGAUUUGUUCGCCAUGAAGGGACAACGUGCUGCAGACAAAAACAUCCUAGAAAACGUAAAGCAACUAGGUUUUAUUUUGGAUGAACAGUUAAAGAAAAUUAUGUAUUUGCGAAAGAAAAUCUUGCCUAUUUUAAGAAAGCCUUUGGUAGACAGUAAUAAUGAAGAAACAGAAGUAACAGGUGAUGAAUAUGAAGAGUCUCUGAAUGAACAAGAGAUGUGUCAAGUUUAUUUAGCAGCAUAUCAAGCUCUUUUACAGGACAGAAAAUUCAUAAUUAAAGGUACCAUAGCCACUUCUAGCGACAUUGAGCCUGUGGGAUCCGAGAGUUCUAUGAGUGAGGUUUGUAGCAUCCAUAGGCAUAGGAAAAUUACGAACGAUUUCCAUAGGAAGCAAAAAAUGUCGAGAGAGUUGAAAAGAUAUUCAGAAAGCAAACUAGAGAACCUGGCUUUGAAGUGGAGCAUAUCAAAGAUGUUGAGUACUCUUUAAAAGCACUCAAGGAGCGAUUCCACAACAAUCCAAACCAUACUGAUAUAUACAACAUUCUGGAUACUGAACAACGAAACAUAGCUUCGUGUUUACCACAUCAAAAUAAGCUUAUUGAUCAUUUAGA